UAGACGAACAUUAAUCGAAGUGAGACAGUAGACGGCAAGGAGUGAAGAGAAAGUUGGAGAGGAUAUAUUUUGGCGGGAGUUUAGUGCAGGAUCUUCUUCUCCCAUCCAAUGCAUAAAAACUUUUCAAUUAGAGAUUAGACAGGAAGAAGACUGUUUCAGCCAAUAAAACGGCACCGUUCCAUCCUCUGACCUCACUCGCAUGUUCAAACUCAGUCUCGUUCGUUCCCUCUCUCAUAUCCAAUCGACAAUAACUUCAAACUCAUAUCCAAUAACAUGGUACUCCUAGCAGCCACCGCAUCCUUCUCUUCAUAGAUCUUGACUCACUCCUCCACAACAACAAUCAUUACAUCAAAAACAUUCUCUCCAAUUCCAAAAACCUAUUUUCUUUCCCUCCAAUUUCCUCCUCUCUCUUCGACUUCAAAUUCUUCUUUUCUUGUGUCCCACCUCACCUCUCUUUCUCCAAACUCCACCCUUUCCUCCCAAAACACUAUCUCUCCUUCGAUCACCCUUCCUCCACUUUCAAUCUCCUCUCACCUCCUCGAUUCCAUCACUCAACUCCUCCACGGUUACCCUAGGGAACCCGACACCGACUUCGAUUCCGAAUCCACCUCUCUUCUUGUUCCCCCCAAUUUGUUGUUUACCUCCUUGUUUAAUUCCUUCUAUUCCAUCGCCGCAUUUUUCGAUUCCGAUGAAAAAACGUUGCAAAAUUGCAAGUUAAGGUUGUGAGGAAGUGUGAUGCGUUUGUUGAUUUGAGGGAUUGUCUCUCUGAUUCAGUUCUGGUGCGCGAGGUUUAUUUAGUGAAUCUAAGAAGGGAGAUUCGGGCGAGUUUUUCGUUGAUAGGGUUCUUGAAUUGCUAGCGACUGAAAUUGGUUGUCAGGUUCUUUUUCGACUUUAGAAAUUAUUAUUUUUGAUGUAUUUUAUCUAUUUGAAUGAACAUUGGAAUUUAGGAAAAUAGUAUAAAUAUUGCUGAACAUUAACCGCAGUGAGACAGUAGGCGGCAAGAGUGAAGAGAAAGUUCGAGGAUUAAUUUUGGCGGGAGUUUAGUGGAGGAUCUUCUUCUCCCAUCCAAUACGUAAAAACUUGCCAAUUAGAGAUUAGACAGGAAGAAGAGUGUUCAGUCAAUAAAACGGCACCGUUCCAUCCUCUGAUCUCACUCACAUAUUCAAAACUCAGUUUGGUUCGUUCCCUCUCUCAUAUCCAGCCGACAAUGGCUUCAAACCCAGAUCCAAUAACAUGUUACUCCCAUACUCACCGCAUCCUUCUCUUCAUAGAUCUCGACCCACUCCUCCACAACAACAAUCACUUCAUCAAAAACAUUCUCUCCACUUCCAAAACCUUAUUUUCUUUCCCUCCAAUUUCCUCCUCUCUCUUCGCCUUCAAAUUCUUCUUUUCUUCUCUCCCACCUCACCUCUCUUUCUCCAAACUCCACCCUUUCCUCCCAAAACACUAUCUCUCCUUCGAUCAUCCUUCCUCCACUUUCAAUCUCCUCUCUAAAACCCUCUCUUCCCUCCCUCAUUUCCCUUUUCCACAUCACCCCAAAGCCUCUCACCUCCUCGAUUCCAUCACUCAACUCCUCCAUGAUUACCCCUGGGAACCGGAUACCGACUCCACCUCUCUUCUUGUUCCCCCCAAUUUAAUUCUCUUGUUUACCCCCUUGUUUAAUUCCUUCCAUUCCAUUGCCGCAUUUUUCGAUUCCGAUGAAAAAAAUUUGCGAAACGAGGGUUCCUUUUGUGAUAGGUUUUUGGGGUUUUUCGGGAGUGUGAGUCGUAGGUUUGGCUCCAAGGGUGUUCAUUGUAGUUGGAUUGGUGUUAAUAGCAAUUGUGUGAGUGAGAAUAGUGGCGAUGAUGACGAGGUUGGAAAGAUACGUGGGUUGUUUGAUAUUGGGGCUAGGAAAUUAGGUUGGGGUUUUUGCUCUUUGGAUUCAAUUUUGUUUGGUUCUGCUCUUGUUCCUUUUGGUUUGAUAUAUCCCAAAAUUGGGGUUUCGUGCUUUUCUUUUCGUUGUUGUUCUAGGGAAGUUCAGGUGCAAUUGAGUCUUAGGAUAUUGGAUGUUAAUGGGAGUCCAAUUGAGUAUAACUGUUGUGAUCUUGAAGUUUUGGAUUUGAGAGGUUUUAGUAGAGGGGAGGAUGUGAAUUUACAAGGUGGUGGUUGUUAUGGAAAGAAGGAGAGAUUGUGGAAUGUGUGUUCAGGUGGAACGUCGAAGUUGCAAGUUAAGGUUGUGAGGAAGUGUGAUGCGUUUGCUGAUUUGAGGGAUUGUCUCUCUGAUUCAGUUCUGGUGCGCGAGGUUUUUAGUGAAUCUAAGAAGGGAGAUUCGGGUGAGUUUUUCGCUGGUAGGGUUCUUGAAUUGCUAGCGACUGAAAUUGGCUGUCAGGGGCGGCGAAAAUCUGUUCCGGUCUGGGAGAUCUUGUUGAGUUUUCUUUAUAAAGAAGGUUACUGGGCUUUGGUUUCCGUUGACAAUGGAAAAAGUGGUGGUUCUUGUGUUGGUAUUCUUAGGCCUUUUACUGUUUCUUCAGCUCUUUUAUCUGUCUUGGAGGAUUCACAAUUGGCUAUUGAUUUUGAUGGAGCAAAUAUGGAUUGUGUUAUUAAGGCAGGUGUUUGCGAAUCAGAUCGCAAAUUCAACAAGAAUGCGAAUUUGUUGGAUACUCAGGUCAAGAGUGCUGUGGGAAUGAAGGGUAAGAGGAAAAAGAAGAUAACAGAUUUAAAUACUCUUCGAAACCUCACGUGGAGCUCCUUUUGUGAUUUGGUAUAUAAUCAAUUUGAGAUGGAUCUGCAUGAGGUUUAUUAUGCAAUGGAAUGUAACAAGUCGAAGAAGUUGAAGUUUUUGAAAUGCUGGAUGAAACAGGUGAAAAAAUCUAGCUGCUGUGAUCUGAUUUUGUCAGAAAAACCCAAGCCGGAUACGAUCAUUGUAGAAGAGAGUGACAGUAAAUUGAUUGAGUUACCUCAAAAUGGUGAAGAGCCAAUCCCAACGGUGGUUGUGUCAGCUGGAAUUAAUACCGAGGCUGCUACGAUACAGGAUGAUGGUGCGCUUGAUUUUAGGUCAGAAACAUCGGAAGCGUUUUUUAGUAAUCUUUCCAACAGGAUCCAACAGGGAAUUGAAUCUGAUGUCAUAGACCUUGGAGCUUUGGCAGAGCGACUUGUAAAUUCAUCUAUAUACUGGUUACGUCAGAAGGUUGAUACAGAAACAAUUCCUGAGAUCCAUUCUCCUAUGAAAGAUAAUAAUGUUCGUCGUAGGAUGGUUGUGUCUGAACUAAUAAAACUACUGUUGAAGGAGCCCAAGGAGAUAGCUGCAAAGCAUAAAAGCAGAAAUUCGUCCUCUCAGGCAUCUGAUGCAGGACCAACUACAAUAAUCACAGAACAUGCUGUUAGAUUAUAUGAACUGCAGAUUUUAUUUCGAAUGGAAAUUUUGCAAUCAGAGGAUGGAGGUGGAAUCGAAGAUUCAUGUAAACAGAAGUUUGUUAAACAAAUAUGCCUUCUUCUAGAGAACAUUCAGUGCCACAUGGAAGGGGGAUUCUUUGGUGAUUGGAAUCUUGAAAAUUAUGUCGCAAAGAUCAUAAAAAGCAGGUAUUCUCACACCCUUGAAGACAUUGUUCAUAAAAUCUACAACAAAAUGGACUUGCUUCUGUUUGCAAAUGAGGAUGAAGACCUGGAUUGUUUAUUUAACAGUGAGGAGAGCAACAGAUCAUUGAAUCUAAAAGUAUCCAGAGAUGAGAUGGGUGAAAAUGACAUCAGUAAUGGACCUUUCUCAGCAGAAAACGAGCGUUUUCAUUUGCAGAAGAAUGUUAGCGAAAAAUUCCAAAGAAUUAUAGAGAGGGAUGAUGAUAAAAAACUAAUUGAAGCUAUCGAGAGGAGAGAGAGGGCACACAGAUUUUCAUACAUCAAACGUCGGAUGCCUGCUUUGCGAGUUUGGGCCCCAAAACAGAAGGGUAUGAAGUCCAAGACAGAUCACCUUUGGAAGGUUUCAAAAAGAAAGGAGCGGCCAAGGGCAUGUUAUGACACAGUAUGUGAGACGCCAAUGACAAAAAACAAACAGUCAAGCCCGCAGACAAUAGGUUCAGAUGAUGAGAGUUACAUGGCUAAUGGGAGUCAAAUAUGUGGUUCAGUUUCUAAGGCAUUGUUUCAGGAAGAUUUUGUCCAGUAAUAUGUGGAAAUCAGCUUACUUUUGGCUAUUGAUGUGCGAUUUAAUCUUAGAAAAGCAUCUUCAUAGACAUUGUGUUCUUCUAGUUAUCCAAAUAAAGAAUCCUUCAUAGAUUGUUUUGUCCCAAUAGGUAUUUGACAUCGUCAUAUUAUAUCUCAGUUGUGUUUUUGAGCUUUCAAUUUCAAGUACAAGCUUUGUGUAGUUUGCUAUUUAAUGUUGCUUUCUGUUAUCAUUACUAGAUAUCUACUAACAAGCAGAAAUACUGCUUUAGGUCUGAA